GUAUAAUUUCCGGAUAUCCGACCACGUGUAAGAUCAAUGGGCAAUGGCCGAGGCAAUGGCAGAAUUAGAAGUAAAGAAAGCUCGUGUUUGCGAUACUUGUGGCUCAAUUGAUGGUAGAUACUGUUGCCCGGGCUGUAAUAAGAGGUCCUGCAGUCUAGGUUGUGUGAAUAAGCAUAAAGAAGCAACUGGUUGCUCUGGUAAGAGGAACAUCACAGAGUUUGUCCCUCUCUCUCAAUACAAUGACUCUAAUUUUUUUAGCGAUUAUUUUUAUCUCGAGAAUGUAAUACGUUUCUCUGACUCGGUCUCUCGCGACAAAGUAAAGAGAGUCAACCACCAACACUGGAAAAGGGGAAAACAAAUGUCUCGUUUAAAGACUAUUGCGAAAAGUCAUGGUGUCAAUCUAUUCCUGGCUCCCAUUGGAUUGGCUAGCCACAAAACAAACACCUCAUACGUAUCGUUUGACCCAAAAACAAGAGCUCAGACUAUCCAUUGGAAGAUUCAGUGGCAUUUUGUUGAUAGUGGUCUGGACUAUUCUGAUAAAAGUGUAUCAGAGAAGACCUUGCUUCAAGACCUAUUGGAUAAAUACUUGCAUCCAACAUCAAGCAAUCCACUGGUUCGUCACAGGUUGAGGAAGUAUGUCAGUAGUGUUACUAAUAUCAAGGUUUUUAUGAAAGUGGAACGCAGAAAAGGAAAAAAUGUAUACUAUUUACUGGACAAGUCUCUCUCACUGGGUAGCAAUCUCAAUGGUAAACUGAUAAUAGAGCAUCCUGUGUUCUGGGUGACUUGCUCCACCGAGAGGGAGAAAGAGUAUCCUACGCUGGAGACACAGAACAGAGAGGGAGCUGAUGAACAAGUAGUGGUGGAAGAGACCAGAGGGAUGGAUUGUGAUUUACCAGUUACUCCUGAGUGCUUGACAGAUGAGAAAGGAGUAAAUAAAGAUAAAAUUAUUGACCAUGAUGAGCUCAGUUAUGAUGAGAAAACUGGUGAUGCAGAAUUCGAGCAGCUCUCACAUAAAACAGAAGAAAGGAAAUUGCUACAAACAUCAGUACAUGUGAAUGGUCAGUCACUGGUGACUCCUGGGUCAGAUUCCUCCAUUCAUGAACACAAUAAAAGCAACUAUGCUUUUCAUUUGAUUUCAAUGUACAAUGAAUGAUAAUGCAACGACACUCGUUAAAUGAUGAUGGUAUAUUUGAUUUCCCUUGCCAAUCUA